GCCUGACGGAGGGCGAGCGCACACCUGUGUCCCAGCAUGAGGUGUAGAGGCGCACACCUGUGUCCCAGCAUGAGGUGUAGAGGCGCACACCUGUGUCCCAGCAUGAGGUGCAUAGGAUCCCGGCUGCCACUGCUGCUCCUGCUCUUCUGCGCCAUGCGGUGUACGAUGGAGAUGAAGGGGACAGUCGCUGAGGGAAGAGUAAGGAGAUCCACUGGUGGAGUUUCCGGUAGGGUCUACGUCCAGGUUAUAGCGCGCAAUGCCCUAGCGGGUGACCAUCAGCUCGUGAAGGAUCUACUGACCAGUGGGAACCUCUCCUCUGCAAACCCAGCCAUCAACAUCACUGUCAUUGCAGCUACAACAGAGUGCACCAAGAAGAAAGAGCGCAAUCAGUGUGAAUGUCUAUCCGGGUUCCUGUUUGACAUAUCGAAGUGCAAAUCCUACCCAUCAUGUUACAUCCCUCAGGACGUUGAGGCCUCCUGCAUCUGCACUCACAUGAAUUCAAGCAGCACAAUUUACUGUGAGCAGCCCCCAACAAAUCCAGGACGCGUUUCGCUAUUUCCAAGCUCUGUCUCUGUUGGGAACGACAUCCGCUUAGAGUUCUCUUCGUCAGAGGAUGUCACCAAUGUGAGGUGGUUUAUGAUGAACCCGCUGAGGAACUUGGCAAAGGAGGUUACUAACGGCACCACAGCCACGGUGAUAACAUCUAGAAGGAACUCUACGGUCAACAUCAAAGACAUACCCAGGAACUGGGAAGGGUUAUAUGUGUGUAGGUUUAGUUACUGGAACCUACAGUGGAAAGCCAGUCACCAGGUUAAGCUCUCUCUGCAACCUCAGGACAUCACACCGAAACCACCUCAAGUCCAGAUCUGGAACAACUCCACCUCCUUCCCUGGGACCACAGUGGAGUGCUGCAUCUGGGAUGAUGGAAGUUCCUACCGUGUGUUUUGGGAACCCGGCCACAUCCCCUCAGUUGCUGUAAAGAGAGGGGGUCAGCAAUGUUACUCGCUGACCAUAGAGACCAUCCCAGAGAACGACACGCACUACAGAUGUCUAUUUCAGGAUAACAUCAAUAAAACGGCUGAAUCUGGGGUCCGUGUUGCUGUUAUUCAGGCGAACAAUAUCUUCUGCCCUGACGAUGGCGAGAACAUGUGGAAGGCCACCAAAGCUGGGUACGAGGCUGAAAUUCCCUGCCCUUAUGGCAAGAGAGGCAGAAUUACCAGAAGUUGUCUAAGAAACGGUCGGUGGGGGAUUCCAAAUACCUACUGCGUAGAUGCCAGGCUGUGGUCUCUGCUCGAGCAGAGCAAGUUUCUUCAGGGUGGUCUAGGAAUUCCGGAGAGGGAGAUCUCACCGAUCAUUGAGCGCUUAAGAAACUAUACCACGUCCAACCAGACAUUCGUAAAUAGUUCUUCGGACAUUAUCACUGUGGUCGAUACAAUUAAAGCCCUGUCUCUGACCGCCACGGAUAACCACGUACAAUUCAACUUCACCACCAUGGCGGAUCUAACCACCAUUUUCAGUCAGUUUCUGAACCGCGAUUCUGAGGCCGCGUGGUUAGAGGCCCGUACCAAGUACCCGUCUAUAGGCUCCAACUUCAUGCAGUCAGUUGAAAACUUCACUAAACUCUAUCAACCAGACUGGAACGAUUCCAACCUCAUUCAGCCCAACGUCCAGCUGAGCGUUUUGGUCCAAAGCUCUUUGUUAUUGACCACCUUCAGCAAAACAUUCAAUAUGACCCCCACUGUAGAUGUUUCUAUGAAAAAUAUUUUUUUUCUGGAGCACAUGGAGGAUACUAAAGUCAUUGUAACAAGUAUGGUGCUUAGGAACCUGGCCAAGGUCCUUCCUAUGAACUUUGAAGAGAGCAUCGAUGAAUAUAGCUACAAUGUGGACAGUCAUGUUGUUAUAAACACCAUUGUAAGUAAACUGAGCUUAGGACAAGUCAACCUAGAGAUGGUUUUUGGGCAUGAGCAGGGCCAGAAGAGGGAAGAUGAUGCGAUUGCCCAGUGCGUUUUUUGGGACUACAGAUUGUUUGAAGGAGUUGGUGGAUGGUCAACGGAAGGAUGUUGGACGUCCCGUGCAAAUAAGGAUGCUGUAUGCAGGUGUACACACCUGACGGCCUUUGCAGUCUUGAGGUCGCUUGGAGUGCUUGAGGAUGUUUAUCUGGAGACCAUCAGCCAGGUAGGAGUCAGUUUAUCCAUCAUUAGCCUAGUCAUUUGCAUCCUCAUAUACAUUGCAGAAUGGAAGUCGGUGGUUAAGAAUGACAUCACCUUCCUCUGCCAGACCGCCAUGAUCAACAUUUGCCUAUCUGUAUUGAUUGGGGACACUUGGUUCUUGUCAUCUACCUUCAUGACGAAAAGCUACGCCAAUAAACUAUGCAUCUCGGCUGCCUACUUCCAGCACCUCUUCUAUCUUGCCUCAUUCUUCUGGAUGCUGGUCCAUGGGCUCCUUCUCCUUCACCAGCAGGUUUUCGCUUUCCACCAGCUCAGAAAGAGCAUUGCCAUUCCAAUCAUGAUGGCCAUCGGAUACAUUUGUCCACUCGUGAUUGCCAGCGUGACGUUGAUCAUCGAUUAUCCAAAGGAGACUUACCUCAGAGAGGGGGCCUGUUUUAUAAAUGGAGAGAAUGGAUCUAUAUUUGCCUUUUCUGGCCCAGUGCUUCUCGUCGUCAUCAUGAACUUCUUCACCAUGGGUGUGGUGAUCUGGAAAAUACUGAGACCACCCAUAUCGGAAGGGGAACAGGAAGACAGGAAAUCUUUGGUGGCCAAGGCUGUGGUCAUUCUAACGUCAGUGUUUGGUGUGACAUGGAUUCUGGAAACAAUCUUAACAGAGGAAGCUCACGAGAUCAUCCAGUAUGCCUUCACCCUCAUCAACUCAUUCCAGGGAGUCUUCAUCGCUCUAGUUGGAUGUCUCUUGGACAAAAAGGUGAUGGCAGCGAUUUCCAAAAGAUUUAGAAAACUCCAAAAGGUGUUCCCUUUUAUGGCCUGCUGCGAGGGGAACUCCUACAGACUGGACUCCAGCAAUGAGCAGGAAAGUGUGGAGACUUACAGAUCGAUAGGAAACCACUGACAUGACUGCAGAUAUCGAGCACUAUUACUGGCAUCCUGGUGCCCACAGUCCUGGCUGCCUGGUGUACAAUGCGGGGACCUUUGCGGCUAAAAGACGGAUAUGAGAUAAUGACGGAAGAGUGUGUGUGGGAGAGAUGUGUAAUCUUUUAUUGUGUGCAAAUUCCACUGGAGAAACAUUAUAAACCAGUGUUGACCUCAGAUAAAAUGGCUCCUUCUUAGCUACAGGUGGAACUACCUGUCCUCUAAUAUACAGGUGUGACCUGGUGGUAGUUGUAAAGACCUAGACACACCGGCUGAAUAAAACUAUUACACAGCCACAAGCAAAUGGAAAGUUCUGUGCAUCCUAUUGCAAAGUGUGACCUACAGUGACGGCCAGUGGGUGACACAAAAAUAUAGUUCUUAGUCCGCAUUGGAACCUACUUUUGCAUAAUAAAACCAAG